AUGAACAUACCAAUUUGUUUUGGCAGGCAGAAGGCAGUCGUGUUUUGCAGAAACAUUGCUAUCAUUUUGGUUAUCUUCUUUGUCACGGGAGCAUUAUCGCAAGGCACAACGACAUUUAAAACACCAGACGUUCUCUCUAUCUCUUAUAUCAAAGGAGGAAACGGAUUGACAGAUUGUAUUCCUCAGUUAAGGUCAAAGUUGUUAAAAACCUCGUGCCAAUUGGAUCCAGAAACGUGUGGAAAAAUCGAUCAAGCAUGCGACUUAUUGGUAGGAACGGCAAAUGAUGACCCUCCCGACUCCUUUUCAAAUAUGAAUUAUUAUGGCGGGGACUUUGCCUCAUGGGUUGUAAAGAAGGAGUACAGAGGAUAUAUUCAUAUUCCUAGUUUUGAUGUUAGCUGCGACGCUAGCGGUCAUCUCAUCAAGUUUGACCCUCGUGAUCCUGAUUAUCUUGAUCAACACAAUCCAACUCAACACCCGGAUAAAGUUACCGAUGAUAGCCGUAAUCCCUACGGAUAUACAAAAGUAUGGCCAUUUUAUCAAUCUGCUGAUAUUUACACUAAAGAUUUAUCAUACAAUGGGAUUCGGUACGCUAAAAACAGCGAUAAUACUUGUUUUGGCAUUCAUGAUGCUAGGUCUAGCCGGGUAGCUUCUCUUGAACGAGCAUAUCAACAUGUUUUGUUGGGCUAUGAUGCACCAUUUAUUUAUGGUAAUAUUGAUAUGUCAGUUUGUUGCAAUCGACAGGUUUCUGUUGCUUUUUCUUGUGCUGUCUUCCCCGAGGCCCGCCUAUACAUCAAUGGAAAAAAAGUCGGUGAGCAAACACAGGGCAGCCUUGGCGAUUUUAUCGUUUCUGGGGGCAAGACAAACAACAAGGAUGGAGUGGGAAAUUUUGCUCCCCCUGGUUCAGGUAUAAACUGGAUCGGCAAGAUUAAAAAGAAUUCAAAAUUUAGACCAACCACAUUUAUAGUGAUAGCGUUAAAUAUUAGAAGGAAUUACGAUAUUGGACCCUGGUUUCAUGGUCAUUUAUU